CAUUGGAAGGAGAGCGAGUCGAGAGAGGAGAGCCAGAUGUCUCGUCGUCCAUAACUGCUUUUACCUGUCCAAGACAUUUGGACUCACGUCCCAGUAUUCUUGUCUUCUCGUGUUCAAACGCGAAAUUAGAUGGCAAGAAUGGCUUCGAAUCAUCGGGGAUUGGACUUCAAAGCGGAGAGUCUAUUCAAGACAACACCGUCGAAUCUUUACUUUUUAAAGAAAAAGGCAUCAACGUCAACACCUUUAUCGUCGACUUCCUUAUGAACAGGGAGACCAUUCUUACUCCGGAAGAGGCCUACCGAAUUGCCCAAAAGGUUGUGGGCGAAGAUCGAACCGGAGAAUUUCUUACCUCACUGACGAAAACACUAGAUUUGGCUGCCGAAUUGAAGGAACGUAUUGCAUCCUGCAAAUUCACCGAAGAGAAGACAGUCGAUGUCUUUGUCGACAAGGGUUCCAUUUCGAACAUUCGCGACCAACUAAUCGAGCUGAACGACUUCUGGUCCUGCUCUGAAGAGGUGUCCGUGCCAAAGAUGAAGCCCAAUGCAACCUCCAAACUGGCAGCCAUGAUGCAAUGGAAACAUCUUCAAGAUCUUCGCGAUGCAUUGAGCUCGGAUCCGAAAGGAGUGGCAGAGCUCUGUAUUUCCUAUCUUAAAACCAACAACAUCAUCACUUCAGACUUGGAACCCAUGGCCAUAUUAGGGGUCGAAGCGUUGGUUUCAAACCCAGAAGUGAUCAAGAACUCGUUGGCGUUCAUCGACAAUCUGGAGAUGGGCCUGCGAUCUGAAAGUGGGAAACGUUUGAUUGCAUUGGUACCCGAGAUUAUGCAAGCUGACACAGAAAGGGCCUUAGAAUUGUUCUCGAAAGAAGCUGACUACAACCAAGAGGCAUUUUUCAACUUGAUUGGCAAUAAUGAUUUGGCCCAACAAUUCUUUCGCCAGGUGGCUCGCUUUCUAAUUGGAGGCUAUGAGUUGGGAAAGCAAGCGCUCAAUGAUAACAUGAAGCUUGCAAUUGCCAACGGGCUUCUCAUUUCCAAUAACUUUCCAGCCUUGAACAAGCGACAUCUUUUGCAAUCCGUGGUCAAAAUAGUCGAGAAGAUCCUCUCCUACUUCACUGUGUCCAGGGUUGAAGAGUGGAACAUGUACGACCGAGCUCUUAAAUUCAAGCAAGAAUUCGAGAAACUUUAUUUCAGAAUGGAGAGAUUCGAUGAUCUAUUGGAAGAUGAGCUCGUGUCCGUUCUCAGCCAAUUUUUGCAAGACAACUUGAUGAUGCCGAUGAAAGACGCAUGGCUGGUCAACAAAUUCGUGACCAGCCAGGGCAAUCCGAAAUGUUUGGCGCCAGUGCUAUGCAUUUACAAAGAACGCUAUGCCACCAACAAUGAGAUCAAUAAGAUGAUCGUGGAUGGACUGACCCACGCUCUCGUCUAUUCUUGGGCCGGAUCAACGCCAGAAUCCAUCCACCAAGCAACGUCAGAACAUAUUCCUGAAGAUGGGGAUUCAUGUAGCGCAAAAUUUGAUUCAUCUACCCUUAAGGACUGUGAUAUUUUCUCCCAAAGUAAAUCUAAUCUCCGCCCCAUGGAUUUAAGUUUUGACCAUAAUGAGUUGUAAUUUCCCGUACCUAGGCAUUAAAUUUCAACAUAAGAAUAAAGGCACACUAUAGUACAUGAAAUACAUGAAUUAUUUACACACUGUCAAUCUCACGUUCAUUCAUCAAGGAAUAACUUCAAAGUUUGUGAAAGAUGUUGGAAAUA